UGUUGGCAACGGUUUACGGUUACAUUGAGUCUAGACCAAACAAAUAUAAAAAAUUUAAAGAUAUAAUAAUUAAUCACAAUGCUGUAUUUAUCCAGAACUUAUAGUACUUUCAUGGUGAUUCUACAUUUUGUACUAACGACGUCCGCCUCCCAGCCACCCGAUCACGUCGUGAGCUAUGUAAACCAAAAGCGUCGUGGAGAAUUCCGUGAGGAAUUCGAUUUCGAACGCAAUGAAGCUGAGACCACAAAUUCUGUGCAUUUACAACAGCUCUUUGGUAGUUUGCUUCAGCUGCCAGGACCGGGAAAUAAGACUAUAGAAAUAUCUUUGGAUACCGAUGAUGAGCCCAUAAGCGAACGCAAUACCCUGGAUGAUGAUUUAAUGGAGCCAGCUAGUGAGCAGCAUGAAGGCUCUACGGAAACCCCAGACACCUAUCAUCGUAUUAAAUUAAACAUUCCAGUUCUUGAGCCAGUGAAACAUUUGGUGAAUGCUGUAGGCGGCGGUGGGGUUAAUGACACCCAUGUGCGUGCCAAUACUCAUCGUUUGGUGGGGCAUCGAGGAGUUCAUGAUCCGUCUCCACAUAAUUCCUCCUCUGCCAUUGAGACUGAAGAAGAUAGAGAAACAGCCUUGGAUAGUACUGGUCUAGAUGUACUCGAAACUUUGGGAUCAGCUGGCACCUUACUUUGGGGCAUGUUGCAGAACCUGCGGAGAUUAUUUGCGGCCAGUGCGGGAAAUGCUAGUUCCGCAUUCUCUGGAGGCGGCGGCGGCGGUGGUGCUGGUGGUGCUGGUUCCAAGUAGUGUCCAUUUGAUAUGAUUGGUGCUCAUGGGUUUGUGUUCUGUGAUUAAUAUUAGCUAUUAGUUAAUGCUUUUUUUAAAAAGAUCUAAUAAUCAAAUAAAUUCUUACUAUUCGGUAA